GGGCAGAUGAAGAAGUGAGUUAGGAGGAGGACCCGUGGCCUGAUAAGAGGGUUGUGAGCGGUGUUCGGACAAGUACACUGAUUAAUAUGUUGGACGGUUUUCUUUGCAGCCCAGAUCUGGUGGUUUUGAAGAGCAGCCCCAGCAGCCCGGGUGAAAAGCCCUGCUUCCUAUACCUGCGAUGUGACCCUAACGGAGGCGAAGAAAUCGUUUCUGUGGGCAUUUUAAGUUCAGCAAGAAAUAUGGAAGUGUACUUAGGAGAGGAGUACUGUGGAACCAGCAGGGGCAAGAACGUGUGUAGUGACCCGGAGAACAGUGAGCACAAAAUUAUUUUCUACAAAAAAUAUUUAAAAUUGGAGUCCUUCAGUGAUGCUUGUAAAAUAAAGUUGCUCUCCUUUGGUGAAAAGCAGUGUGUGUUCAUCAGUAAAAUUGUGGUACAACUGAAGCGGGUUUCAGCAAAUUCUUCAACAAGCUCUCCUGCUCUAGUAUCAAGGAUAGACCUGCAGAGGGUCCAAACUCUCAUGGAGGCCAUGGGGUCAAAGCUGUCACCUGGUGCUCAGCAGUUGAUGAAUAUGGUUAAGUUUCAGCAGCAGAAUUGUGUUCCCAUCGGAGAGCAGCUUCAGUGGGUUUUGGGAAAUACUGGCCCCAAACGUGUGGUCGACCUGCAGUCGUCAUNAGUCAUCCCUGCUUCAGGAGCCUCAGACAAGUUGCCCUCCACACCUUUCCCUUUUAGAACCGGAUUGACAUCUGGAAACGGGACCGAAGACUUAAAAGCUUACGUUGAUAAAAGUCCACAGCCAGCUGGUGGAGGAAAUAUUACAAACCUCAAAGAGUAUAACAUUGUGCCGCAAAACCAUUCUCUUCUUGAGAAUGACCUCAGAAAUGCAGUUUCUUCUUUCCUCCCGAAGAAAGCAAGUGACAGCUCAAGUAUACCUAAGUCCGAGUUGCUGCCUUUUCUCCAGAAUUUAUGCAGUCAGGUUAACCAUCUCCAUGUGGGACACGACGCCAAGCGGCAGGAAGGCAUCACUAAGGCCGGGGAAGGCGUUCUUGCUGUUGCAAUGGAAGAGCAACCUGUGUGCGCUUACUUGGAAAAGAUUCUUACUAAAAAUAUGGAACUGAUGGAAAAGAAACUUGUGGACUACAUCGAUCAGCGACUGUCCAAGCUCCAGGAGCACAUGGAUGCCCGGAUGGUUCUGUUGGCGGACCUGCUGCGGAAUCCCUCCUCCCCGCCCCCUGGCCCGGCCCUGAGACAGUGGGACUCCGGAGAGAGACUUUCAAAUGGAGAGAGAUGAGUGCUCGGCACGUAGGACGUACUGCUGAUAUUUAUUACAUAUUUAUUGCAAAGCCUAAACCCCCAAAGCUCAAAGCAAGUAUUUAAUGUCAUUUGAGGGUCAUCGUCUUACUUACAUCCAGUGACCUCAGUUCAUUGUAACUGUACUUGUUGCUGUCGAUCCAGGACUGUGCGCUAAGAUGAGCAUGACAGGGUCGUCCGUUAUUGUUGCGAAAUUGUUUACUUUUAUUUUUUACUUGUAUUUACUUUUAUUUUUGUUUAAGUGUUUAAACUUUCUAAGGAUUUCUAUUUUAAUUCACGAGUCUGUAUUGUAUGUGUGUUUAAGGACUGUUUUAAUUUAUAUUAAGGCCUUAUGUUUUAGGGUUAUGACAAAAAUACAGUAUUUGAUAUAUUUUCUUUUUCUAAUUGUUCUUGGAAACCUUAGAGUACUGAAGCCUUGCAACCCUUAA